AUGCGUUUCAUCGUCUCCGUCUUUACCGCCGUGGCCGUCUUGGCCACGUUCACGAUCGCCAGCGACGAUGGCAACCGUAUCGUUUGGCACGAACGCCCAGUCAGAGAGCAAUGGGGCUGCGUCACCACUUGCAGGGCUUCCUUUGUCAAGAACACCGAGUUCUACAGGACACAGUGCGCCGUCUGCAUGGAUAGGAUUAGGAACACUGUGUGCCUUGGCUGCGCAGAUGCCUUCAGGGCUGGAAGAAAUAAGCACGACACGGACUUGAUUUGCAACAGAUGCCGUCAUAUUUCCGACUACGAUUCUACUUCCGACUUCACAGAUGACUCGAUGUCGGACAAGGAAAAGUGGGAGGGUCCAUUGGAUCCCUAA